GGUGGUUCUGGGGCUGCUCCUUCCCACAGGGUGGUUCUGGGGCUGCUCCUUCCCACAGGAUCCCUGGAUUCCCUCAUGGACCAGCCCGGAGCUCCACGCUGUGCCACUGCCAGAUGAACAUGGGCUUCCCUGCACGGCUUCUCACCCAUGGAUGGGAAUAAUUUUGGGUCUGCCUUGAUGCCAAUUGACACCUCUUGGUGCCUGACCUGGGUUCUGCUGGGAGGUUUUUCCCCUCUGAAGGACCCGUGGGGAUCAGAUCAGCUUUGGGUGGAGCUUGCAGCAACUUCUGAGACUCUGUCUGCGCAAGACUGCCAGUAAAUAACUCUCCUGAGCGCUGUGGAGGGAUGGAAACUGCAGCUGAGGAAUGAUUUUGGGGAGAGGAAGACAGAAAAGCACGAGCAAACUGUUAUGGAAGUGCAAAUUUCCUCCUAAAGGAUUCGGCAGAUGCACCAGCUAUGGAGUCAGGCUGUAGCAAGGGAGAUUUCUCUUCAGAGCAGACCUGUUAACCCUUUGGAGGGAGUGCCUGGCGAUGAGGAGGAGCUGCUGAGCAGAGCUCUGCUGCAGGUUUAGUGCCCCACAGGGAAGCUCUUUGUGACCUGCAGGACCAUCUCUCCUGGCAAUGGAUAAAUUCACAAAUGGGCAGCCAGGCCCCGCUCAGAGGAACAGGCUCAUAGGGCUGCUGGAAACAGAUGACAGCCCCCAGGAGGAGAAACCUGCCCCGAGCCAAAAGGAGGAAAGGCCAGGGCCUGGGAGGAAAGGAGAGCCACAGCCCUUGGAGACACCUUACCAGAAGGAGAGCAGUGACUUUGCCCCUAAAAUCAAGGUUAAUCUGAAUUAUCGGCCAGGACUCGUCAGCAACCAGAAGGACCCGAAUCGCUUUGACAGGGAGCGGCUGUUCAGCGCCGUGGUCAGGGGCAGCCCGCAGGCUCUGGAGGGGCUGCUCGAGUACUUAAGGAGGAACUCCAAAUUCCUCACCAAUUCCGAGUACACAGAUGCAAAGUCUGGGAAGACCUGCCUAAUGAAAGCCCUGCUGAACUUGAAAAAUGGGAGGAAUGACACGAUCCCAGUCUUGCUGGAAAUCGACCAAAAGACACAGAACCCCAGGCCCCUUGUCAACGUGUCCUGCUCUGACUGUUUCUACAGAGGCCAGACUGCCCUGCACAUCGCCAUCGAGAAGAGGAGCCUGGAGAUGGUGAAGCUGCUGGUGGAGAACGGAGCUGAUGUCCACGCCAGGGCCCACGGGGAGUUCUUCAGGAAGAAGAAAGAAGGAGUUUACUUUUAUUUUGGUGAGCUCCCCCUCUCCUUGGCUGCCUGCACCAACCAGCUGGACGUGGUGCAUUAUCUUCUGAACAACCCCCACCAGAAGGCCAGGCUGCAGGAGCAGGACACCCAGGGCAACACGGUGCUGCACGCCCUGGUGAUGAUUGCAGAUGACACCGAGGAGAACACCAAGUUUGUCAGCAGCACCUACGUGGAGAUCCUCAAGGCGGGCGUCAAGCUGGACCCCACCUGCAAACUGGAGGAGAUUGUCAACUAUGAUGGCUUAAAUCCCCUGCAGCUUGCUGCCAAGACAGGCAAAGUGGAGAUCUUCAGGCACAUCAUCCAGAGGGAGAUCCAGGAGCCCCCGUACCGGCACCUGUCCCGCAAGUUCACCGAGUGGACCUACGGCCCCAUCCACGUGUCCCUCUACGACCUGUCCUCCCUGGACAGCUUCGAGGAGAACUCUGUGCUGGAGAUCCUGGCCUACAGCAGUGACACCCCGAACCGGUACAAGAUGGUGGUUUUGGAGCCACUGAACAAAUUGCUUCAGCAAAAAUGGGAAACCUUUGCUUCCAAGAGGUUCUACUUCAGCUUUGCCUGCUACCUGUCAUUCAUGGUCAUCUUCACAGCCAUUGCAUACUAUCAGCCCUUGAGGGUAAAGCCUUCCUUCCCAGUGGAGUUCACAGCUGGAGGCUUCCUCUGGGUCUCUGGGCUGAUCAUUAUCCUGUUAGGAGGCAUUUAUCUGAUCUUUGCUCAGAGCCUGUACCUGAGGAGGAGGCGCCAGUCCCUGAAGACCAUGUGCUCUGACAGCUGCAUCGAGAUCCUCAUCUUCAUCCAGGCCUUCUCCCUGCUGCUGUCAGCAGUGCUGUAUGGAGCCAGCUCAGAGAACUACGUGGCAGUGAUGGUGUUCUCCCUGCUGCUGGGCUGGGUGAACACCCUCUACUACACCCGCGGCUUCCAGCGCACCGGCAUCUACAGCGUCAUGAUCCAGAAGACCAUCAUGAGGGACCUGCUGCGUUUCCUCCUGGUCUACAUGAUCUUCCUCUUUGGCUUUGCUGCAGCCCUGGUGACGCUGAUGGGCGAUGCCCCCUCGGUGCCCCACAACAAGUCCCUGGCUCCCCUGGAGAGCUCGGGCAGCCACGCCAUGUACGGGGGGCUGCUCAGCGUCUCCCUGGAGCUCUUCAAGAUCACCAUCGGCAUGGGCGACCUGGACUUCCAGGAGCACGCCAGGUUCAGGUACUUUGUCAUGCUGCUGCUGCUGCUCUUUGUGAUCCUCACCUACAUCCUGCUGCUCAACAUGCUGAUCGCCCUCAUGAGCGAGACCGUCACGGACAUUUCUGGCUACAGCAAGAGCGUCUGGAAGCUGCAGAGGGCAAUUGCCAUCCUGGAGAUAGAGAAGGCCUGGCUGUGGCGCCAGGGGGGGAAGAGGAGAUCUGGCUGCUUCAUGUCCGUGGGGCUCAAUAAGAAGGAUGAGAGGUGGUGCUUCAGAGUAGAGGAAAUUAAAUGGACAGAUUGGGCAAAGGAUGUGGGAGUUCUGAAGGAAGAACCUGGGAGCACCAAUGAUUCAGAGCUAAAUCCAGAAGACACCUGGAGACCAGCACAGAAACCACCCCGAGCAGCUGCCCCGGAGGAGCUGGCCCUGCUGCAGCCCCAGGCUCCUGGCACGGAGAUGGUUCCUCUGCACAGACAGCCCAGAGAGCUCUGACAGCUGCCCUGAACCUGCCUCCAUCUCCAGAGGAGCUGCUGGGAGAGCUGAGGGCACUGUCAGCAGCAAAGUGCAUUUUUCGUGGAGGAUUGUGGCUCAGCCUGUGGCUUUCAGUGUUGUCAUGCACUUUAAUGAUUCAUUUCCUCUGAAGAAACUGUUUUUACUUGACUUUUCUCUGCCUGACAAUUUAUUAUUAUUAUUCCUAAAGAUCCAGUGGUGGGAGUGAGCUGCUGGGGCAGUGGGGAAGGCAGAGCUCUCUGACCUGUGCAGGGAUAAUGCUCAUGAAAUAAAGUGGAUGAUGCUCAUG